CCUCUCAAGUCUUCCAGGGUCACUUCUCCCAGGUGCUCUAUGCUCCAGGCAGUCUGUGUCCCCUGGCAACUGUGUAAAGGGACCUCUUUCUACAAUUCCUUAGCUGCUUUGGAAAAGAGCCAGGUCGCUAAAGCUGUUAAAAGCCUCUCCAUAUUUCACAGGUAAACACAGAAGAGCAGACACAUGAUUUCCUAGGUGCUGUUUAGAAUUCAGUUAUGUACUAUUCACAGAUUUGUUUGGCAGACGGUGAGGACCGUGGAAGCAGAAAGUAAACCAUCAACAUGCUAGCGGCUUUUGCUCCAGAGAUUCGGUGUGAAAGUUUUUCUGGUGGUCUAAGGCAGAAAAACUUGGUUUGCAAACUUUUUCCCUGCCUUGGGAGAGGUGUCAACUUUAAUGAUGACACUAAUUAUAAAGGUCAAUAAAUGAUAAUCUAUGAGGGACCCAAAACCCAAGGAGCCUUCAUUAAAACAAGAGCACAACUACAACUCCGGAGGAAUGUUGUUAUAAUCACCAGACGUUUAAGUGUGCUCAUCAAUGUGCAGGUAUUUCUGAAAGAUCUUCCUUUUUAUUUAGUUUUAAUUACGGAAGUCAACGUACAAAGAGAAAAGCAUAAUGAAACUUUAUGUACCCGUUGCCCAUCUUGUCUCAUCUACUCUCGUUCCUCCAUGGUUGAAAAAAGUUUAAAGUAUCAAAACACGACAGCAUUUUACUUCUGCAUAUUUCUGUAAGCAAGCUGAAGAUGUUCCGUCACUCAAUUGGUUAACGCAAUUGACUUGCAGAACAACAUAAAGGAGCACACAACGCUUUCCUCUGGCAGAAUCAGUUGUCUCAAAAGUGCUCCAGCUGCCCCUUGCGCUCGGAGCACAGCUACUACGUGGGCCAGACCCAGGUUAGUGAAGAGGAAAAAGGAAGACACGCGGGCAGGUAACCCAGUGACUACCCAGCCCCCACCGAGCAAGCGCAAUGCAGAGCCCAGCGUUGCUAAGGCCCAGAGGAAAAUGGAGGCGCAGGCCGCAGCGAGAGCCAAUCACAAGCCUUAAAAGCCGGUCAACUAGCCAAUCCACAUUCUCAGGUGAAUCGGAUCCGCCCUUUUCCUCUAGCCCCCACCUAUAUCCAAUCAGAGAGUCUACAUCUUUGGGCGGCCUUUUCAAAACAGCGAAAGCAAAACAAAUCUGAGACCUUUAAACGGAGCAAAGCGAGCGAACCCAGUGUCCUUCCGCUCCUUAUUCUCUUGCUUUCCUUCCUUCACCUGCCGAUCCAUCGCAGAAUAAACCUGACUCCCAGCUCACACGCCCCGUCGAGGGUUGAGAGAAGGUGGACGGCCCAGUUGGGUCACAGUCACAGAGGCCGACGCCGCAGCCGGAUGGCAGGACUCUUUUUCAUGGUCUGUGGCCGCCGUGGAUCCCUCCGCGGAAAGUCACGUGCCCCGCCCCUUGGGGGCGUAGCGAACUCAAAACAAAACACUGGCCGGCCAGGCUGCGGGUGUGGAGCCGGCGUACUGCCCUUCGGAGGGGGCUCUACCAUGAGCCCGCGGCUGUGAGGCCGAGGCAGCGGCGGCAGGGAGAGUCGGAUGCCGGGCCCCGGGCUACGCUGAACGGCUGGGCUGGACCUUGGAGACGCCCUGUCCCCUAGGGCCAGAGCAGCCGGGCGCCGGCGGGGGCGCGUCUCGGGCACUAUGAAAGAUUUGGGGCCGGAGUACUUGGCAAGUCCUGAAGGGGUCCAGCUUCUUGGAUUGUUGAGCUUCUAUCUAGAACAAGAACAGAGAUUCCAACCUCGAGAAAAAGGGCUGAGCUUGAUAGAGACUACCCCAGAGAAUGAUAACACUUUGUGUUCAAGAUUGAGAAAUGCCAAAGUAGAAGAUUUAAGAAGUAUAACUAACUUCUUUGGAUCUUGCACUGAAACUUUUGUCCUGGCUGUCAAUAUUUUGGACAGAUUUUUGGCUCUUAUGAAGGUGAAACCGAAACAUUUAUCUUGUAUUGGGGUCUGUUGCUUUUUGCUGGCUGGUAGAGUAAUUGAAGAAGAAUGCAAUAUUCCAUCCAUUCAUGAUGUGAUCCGGAUUAGUCAGUGUAAAUGUACUGCUUCUGACAUAAAACGGAUGGAAAAAAUAAUUUCAGAAAAAUUGCACUAUGAAUUAGAAGCAACUACUGCCUUAAACUUUUUGCACUUAUACCAUACUAUUGUAUUUUGUCAUACUUCAGAAAGGAAAGAAAUACUGAGUCUUGAUAAACUAGAAGCUCAGUUGAAAGCUUGCAGUUGCCGACUUGUGUUUUCAAAAGCAAAACCAUCUGUGUUAGCUUUGUGCCUUCUCAAUUUGGAAAUAGAAACUUUAAAGUCCGUUGAAUUACUGGAAAUUGUCUUGCUUGUUAAAAAACAUUGCAAGAUUAAUGACACCGAGUUCUUUUAUUGGAGGGAGUUAGUUUCAAAAUGCCUAGCGGAGUAUUCUUCACCAGAGUGUUGCAAACCAGAUCUUAAGAAGUUGGUUUGGAUUGUUUCAAGGCGUACAGCCCAGAACCUCCACAGCAGCUACUACAGUGUUCCUGAACUUCCCACCAUCCCCGAGGGGGGCUGUUUUGAUGAAAGUGAAAGUGAGGACUCUUGUGAAGAUAUGAGUUGUGGGGAAGAGACCUUCAGCAGUUCUCCCAGUGAUCAAGACUGCUCCUUCUUUUUUGACUUCAAAGUAGCACAGACACUGUGCUUUCCAUCUUAGAGCUGUGAUUGUUCCAUGUCAAAAUAUAAAGCAUAUUUACUGGUUUCAAAGCAAUAAAUGGGGGGAGUUGGUUUCCUGGUAUGGCCCCCACCUAAGCGGGAAUUACAUAGACUGGAAUAUCUACCUUCUAUUUAUUAUCAGAUCAGAUCUGGCCUAUUUUCAUAUUUAAUCCUAAGCCAUCAAAUGGAUUAGUGCCUCUUAAACAGUUAACAAUACUUUAGACAUUGGCACUUUAUUUUUCUCAUUGAUCUUUAGCUACUUGGGAGAGAAAGAGAGGUGCUGAUACCUUUGUUACUUUUCAGGAUUUUUAAAGAUGAAUAGUGUAGCUUAGCUUAAACUUUAUAAAACCUUCAGGUGUCUUUAUUCACAUGAGAGGGGCGGGGUGUACAAGUACUUCCUUACAGGGAUGAUAGAUAAUCCUUUAAUGAUUUAUCUUAAUUUUCCUACCCCCCAUAUUCUCAGCAGAUUCUGUAGUACUCUUCAAUGUCAGACACUUAUUCUUUAAAUGAUCAGUAUGCUAUCUGAUGCGGAUCCCAUUUAUUUAGUAAUUACAAUAAUGACAUCUUUGUGACUUUAGUCUGUUGUCUUAUUUGAGAUUUCUGCUUAAGCAGAACUUACUGUCAGGCUAGGGCAAUUGCAUUCUUAUUGCCUAAGUAUUGUCAGACUCUUUAGUGUUUUAAUGUUAUUUUAAAAAUUGAUAAUCUAGUUUUGCAUGUACCUGUAUGAAAGCAGUACAGGAAGUUAACUAGGGAACUGUGGCAUCUGUAAGUGUGGAUUUAGUAGCAUAUUUUAUCUGGUUUUCCUAUAUUAAAAUACCUGCAUGAUUACAUUUUAUUUCCUUUGUAAUUCACAUUUCAAAAAUAAUAUGUAUUAGUGUAUGGAUGCCAAGACUUGAAUAUGAAGUAAAACCCUGAAGUAUUUGUAGUAUUACGGUUUUAAGCACGUCUGUGGUGACACAGCCAUAAAUGGAGAUAUAUAAACUCUGUACACGUAAGAUUUUGUUCAGAGAAUUUUUAACUGUAAACUGUAUAUGAAAUGUAAAUCUUUAAAAAUGUACAUAAAAUACUAUAUUUUUUUACUGUGUGAUAGUGUAGUCAUUGCAUGUAAAUAUAAUUUAUUAUGUAUCCAGUGUUACAAUCAGACACUGAUGACUUUUUUUACUGGUAAGUCAACAUCCAUUGGAUGUUUUCCAGAAUAGGCCUUUUUGAAGUGACAGUAGAUGACAAUUCAAAAUAA